AUUUCAAGAUUAGGCCUUCCUGAAUACAACUCUCUUAUUUUCAGUGUCUAUGCCUGAAUCUUACAUUAGAGUGAAUCAAAAUAAAUUUGUCAUUACAUUAUUGUAAAUGUGUAUCUUGUAUGUGUAUGUGUGCUUUGUGACAAUUUAAAACAGUAAUCAUUGGUAUUUUAUUAGUCUUAAGAAAAUGUUCAAAUCGAAUCAAGAACCGGAUAUACCUGCAGCAUUGGGUUUGCUAUCUCAUUUAGACAAUGAUGAGUUGAAAGAAUUGUUGAAUGAUGAUGGAAAAUUCGAAGAUAUUGUAAAAGAUAUAAAACAGUUCAAGGAAUUUGAGACGGAGAAGGAAAUGUUAAUGGCAAGUAAUCGAUCUCUCGCUGAAUUCAAUUUAUCCAAGCAACCUGAAUUGGAAGAUGGCAAACAAGUUUUAAAAGAAUUAAGUGAACAAGCUAAUCAGUUAUGCACCAACGUUAAGGGCAAAUUGGAUGAAAUGCGUGACAAAUCUGGUGCAAUGACUGUUGAUACCGCCUUGGAUUUAUUGCAAGCAGCUGCCGCUGAAAUCGAAGAGGAAUCAGAGGCAAUAGCGGAGAAAUUCCUAGCGGGUGAUAUUGAAGUAGAUGAAUUUUUGGAUCAGUUUUUAUCGCGAAGAAAAUUAAUGCAUUUACGCAAGGUAAAAGUGGACAAGUUGAGAGAACUAAUAAGGAAAGGCCAUCCUUCGAACAGUACUCCUGGCUAUCCAAUUCAACCAACUUCAAAUUUUCCUGGAAUGAUGCCUUCCAUACCAUAUCCAACUGGACCUGGAAUUAUGCCAAUGCCAUUACCAUCAGGAUUGCCAGUUUAUAGACCAUAUUGAUAUUAAAUAAUGUGAAGUUAUGUUACAAAUUUAUCUAUUUUUCAAAUAUAUUGUUACUCGCUUAUCAAUCGUGACAAAAUAUUUGAUAUCAAUG